AUGCGUAUUCGUCUACAGCCUCGAAAGAGACCACACGGUAAUCGACCCCCAGGUAAGCUGAAUGUUACCUUGUUGUCUUUGCCCGCUCACCAUCUCUAUUUCAACAAUGGGCUAGCUCAACGGCUAGACAACCAUCCUUUCGCUGCCGACGCCACCGCUGCCGAGAACGACUUCGCGGAGAACCGUUGGUGUCAACUGCGAGACACAGUCCAGUCGACGGCGCUUGCCGUCCUCGGUCGCACUCCCCGCCAACACCAGGACUGGUUCGACGACGACGACGCCUCCAUCAGCAAUCUGCUCUCCGAGAAGAACCGUCUACAUAAAGCCUACGUAGAUCACCCCACUGAGGACAACAAAGGUGCCUUCUACCGCAGUCCCCGCCAACUUCAACAACGACCGCGCGAGAUGCAGGACGCCUGGACUGCUCGCAAAGCCGAGGAGAUCCAAGGGUACGCGAACCGCAAUGAAUGGAAUAACUUCUUCUCCGCUAUCAACGCAGUCUACGGUCCGCCGACGAAGGGCACUGCUCCUAUCCUCAGCGGUGACGGUAAAACCCUCCUGACUGAGAAGACGCAAAUUUUGCAGCGAUGGGCCGAGCAUUUUCGAGGCAUCCUCAAUGGCCCCUCCGCCAUCUCCGUCAUUGCCAUCGACAGGUUUCCGCAAGUGGAGACCAAUUUGGACGUCGACCUCCCGCCAUCUCUCCAGGAGACCAUCAGGGCCGUGCAGCAGCUCUCCAGCGGGAAAACACCCGGAUCGGACACAAUCCUUGCUGAGGUCUACAAGCACGGAGGUCCCCAACUGAUGGACCACCUGACUGCGCUCUUCCAGAAGAUGUGGCGUCAAGGUGAAGUCCCGCAAGAUUUCAAAGAAGCAACCAUCAUGCAUCUCUACAAACAAAAAGGGAACCGCCAAGUCUGCGACAAUCACCGUGGAAUCCCCUUGCUGAACAUCGCUGGGAAGAUCUCGCUCGCAUGA